AUGCUCGGACUCAUCAUAGAAUCCAACAGCGCCAACGGAGCAACGAUCAGGAAUCUGGAGACUAAAAUCACGAACCCGAUGAGGCUCAUCAGAAGAAUCAGCAACAGACAUCGCGGUAUGAAGGAGGCCAGUGUCGUCAGACUCAUACACUCCUUCGUCAUUAGUCACAUAACCUACGUGGCCGCCUACCACAACUGGUACACUGCAGAAAAGGCCAAGCUUAACACUCUAAUUAGAAGAACACACAAGAUGGCGCUGGGCCUUCCUGAUAGCACAAGCACGGAACUUCUACUACAGCUGGGCAUCCACAAUACGCUCGAAGAGUUGAUAGAGGCUCAACAGAUCUCGCAACUCGAGAGACUAACCAGGACACGAACGGGCAGGAGCAUCCUGGACAAACUGGAGAUAGCCUAUGACAAGCAGCACGGCGACAAGACAUCCCUCCCAAGCUCGAUCAGAGAAAAGCUCCAGGAGAACCUCAAGCUGCUGCAUGGUCGUGUGGUGGCCUACAUUGACCUUGGCCAGCCAGUGCUUGGGUCCACAUCGCUGAGUGUGGCAGCCUCCCCGCUCCUCUACCACGCAGUCUUUAACGCCACCAGGCAGGUUCCGACUGGGGGUGAAGGCUCACCCAGUGUGUACAGGCAGUGGGUGGCCACUUUCCCUAAGCACCGCAAUGCUUCGCGACUCCUGUUCCCUUCACUGGGUGGCUCUGCUGCCCCAGUGCACCUGGAGGAAGGGGAGGACUGGGACGCCUUCAGUGUGGAGCCCCUAGACCUGCUGACCAACUACAGGCACGCUGCCAUGCUGCCCGUGCGACCAGCAGUGCGGGCUAUGGAUGUCGAGGGAAGUUACGCAGCCUUCUUCUCACAGGCAGGCAUCCCAGUGGUGCAGAUGAGUUACGUGGACGACAUCCUUCAGAAGAUGUCCCGAGUGGCGUUCCCACGCAAGCACACCCAGUACGACCGCUUCUCGCUGUUUCGAGAACACGUGGACCCGGAGUUGCGGGCGCAUGCGACGGUGGCAGCAGUUGCGGGCGAGUUGUUGCGCACCCUGGCCGACUCUCUCUUCCUGCCGUUCAACCUGUUUGAUUAUGCUCAGCUCUUGAAGGACCUCUGCAUCAGUCUUCAUCUGCAUGCUCAUGGCCUAGACUUGGGUCCUUUAGAUGCUGCUGUUCAGAACUUCUCAGAUGCAGCCUACAACUUCCACUCCCGCCAGAAUGGCCUCGACACCUCUGAUCCAAUGGCCAUCCGAAUGGUGAACGACCAGUUGCUGCUGCUGGAACGAGUGUUUCUCGACCCCAGAGGUUUGCCUCGAAACCCUUACAAAAAGCACUUGGUGUUGUCCCCACCAGAGUUGCCAACGUACAUGGACGAGAUGUUCCCAGGCAUCAUGGAUGAGUUCACGCGCCUCGUGGACGAGCUGGGCUCCCCGACCGAUCCAGGUCCGCACCUGGACGUACUGAGGCAGCACUAUGCCUUGCUGGUGCAGGUCAUCCAGCAGGCUGCCGACACACUGGCCGCCGUGGUACCACCCUACACUUAGCUUCACUACUUGUGCGUUCGUUUCGUUUCACAAUAGAAGUUACGAAUAGCGCCAGAGGCUCGUUCACUCCUGCGACUAGCACCGGUCACGCAACCAAGUUAGUCGCAACGCGACUGCUCGCAAACGGUCGCUUUGGUUGCAAAGCGACUGCUCUGGCUCACUCGCUCGCUGCUAAAUUUUUCAGUCGCACGAGUGCAGUCACAAACCUUUGAACCAAUCACAUGUGCAGGAACGGGAUGUCAUCUUAUUUUAUGGAGCAGGGGCAAUGUGUGAGCCGAAUGCGAGCAGACGUGAAUUCUGUGGGGCGAAGGGUGUAAGCAGCAUGCAGGGGUGAGCAUCAGUCCCCCAACCGGUGCAAGUCUCAGGUGUGGAUGAGCUUUAAGGCAAACCGAGCACAUACAAUCAACAAUGGGCAAAGGCCUUCGUCCAUCCUUUUAGAGCAAAGUUACUAAAAAAAAUGUUAGCAUACUUGGAAGGCAGUGCCCAGCCCUCGUGAUUGAUGUGCUCUGUCUGCUUUUAGAUGCUCGUAACUUUGAGCAUGUACGUACCGACUAGGUCGUCACCAAAAGCAAGUCCAUUUUGUGGUGUUUUUGAUGGCAACCGAAGCAAGGAGCUUGCAUGGUUGCCCACUUGCCUGAUGCUGCAGAUGUGCCAGAACACGUCUAAUUGAGGUUUAAGUCCCUGGAUAGUUCUUUCACCUUGUUUUUCGAAGCAGGUAACUAGGUAACUAGUUCACGUCCUCUCUUUGUGGGGCAGCUGCCAUUCUUCUUACUUGCUUAGGCAGCACAGCUUGCACAGAAAAUCAUGUCAGGAUUGGAACAAUUUCUACUGUAUCAUAUCUUGAAAGGAAGAAAGAGGUGCAGCAUCAUUGCAGUUUUAGCAGUGUUCUUCCAUAAAGGGCCUGCUUUCAAACCAUGCUAGGACGAAGGUCACGGGAUCUAAUACUGGCCACGGUGGCCACACUUCAAUGAUUGCAAAAUGCUAGAGGCCCGUGUAUAUAUAGAUGUAGGUGCUUAAUAAAGAACAGGUGGUCGAAAUUUCCGGAGCACUUCAUUACAGCGUCCCUCAUAAUCAUUGUGGUUUAGGGACAUAAAACCCCAAAGAUUGUUGAAUCAUGCUGGGAGUAAUAUGGUACUCAGAGGUGUAUUACUGAGCAUCGAUCUUGCAUAAACAAAGCUCAGGCAUUGCCAUAAAGUCUUUGCUGUUCAGAAAGCUUAUCUGGGGACUGAAGCUGAGCUGGUAUGCACAUGCUCCUGCACUGCCUUGAGGCUUGUCCAGUGCAUUGCUGAGAACAAGGUAGCUGCACUUUUAUCGGGUGCAGACUCCGUAUUGUUAAAUAAUGCUCGUCAGUGCCUUCAGUUUCACAUUGUGCUAUGUGAAACUGAAGUUUCGCGUAGCACAGCAAAAUGCCUCACUGUAGCACCAAGUGCUCGCAGAGGUCGUGACGUUUCUGCUGAUUCAUUUGAAAUGCCACUAUUUCCGGCGUGUCCAUUUGCACUACCGUUUAGCUCAUCACCCUAUACUGCCGUCCUGAUGUAUCGUUUUAUAGUUUCAGAACAGGAACUAACUAACAACCGCAUUUUCAAGAAACGAGUUUGGUUACUCAUAGGAACUGUCGGCAGCUGUCUCAUUGAAGUAGGCUCAGAAGCCACUGUUCUCAAUAUCCACAGUUAUCAGAAAAUCACUCAAUGUAUGGGAUAGGAUGGCAGGAACUGGUGUUGCCUUUAAACUGCGAAGCUUUUUCAUUUUAAGCAGUUAUAGUGCACUGAAUAGCACUUUUACUCUACCCUGGAGCAAAAUGUGGAAUACUCUACACUGAUCUGAGCAGAGGCACAAAAACGCUAAUUGUCUUAGAUUUAUGUACACAUUAAAGAACCCCAGGUGGUCGAAACUAAUUUGGAGUCCCUCACUGCAGCAUGCCUCUUAAAUCAUAUCGUUUUGGCACGUAAAACCCCACAAUGUAAUUUUUCUGUUAUGAGUCACAUUGCUGAAACCUAUUACAUUACAUAUUGUAGCAUAUAGGUGUACAUGUGUGGUAAAAUCUCUGUAAACGGAAAUCACUUGACCGGAAUUAUGUCUUAAAUGAAGCAACAUUAUCCUGAUUGGUUGAGUUUGCAUUUAGUAGGGGGGUGUGAAUAGUAUUUUAGAACCGAAUAGAAUUAGGGGUGUGUGAGUAGUGAAAUUUCACCUCGAAUCGAAUAGUGCCGAAUAGUGGCCAAAAAUAUCGAAUAUCGAAUAGUAUAUUUACACGAGAUGUGUACCGCCAGUUACGGCAAGACAGAGGAAAAAUCGGAGAUGCUACGUCGUGCCAACAGUUCUAUUACACACUUGUUCGGGAGUGGCUUUUGUUUCAGCUUUUAUGGGCGCGCAGGCAUGUUGAUGGAAGAGCUGCCAAUAUUCCAGUCAGCAGCGCCACUUCCAACCUCCUAACGGCUAACAGAGGUGGGUACGGUAGCUAGUUUUUUUUUCGCCAUGGUCACACAAUACGGCUCAUCUGACAACGGUAAUGUGCUUCAUCGCCAUGGGUGCUCCGGGCCCAAAAAUCUUCGGGUGCCCGUUCACAUCAGUGUUUCAACUGAGUGCCGGAACGAUGGGAGUUUCUGAACGAGUGGUUCGGUGCUGCAGUUGUGACUGCCCAGCGUGAACAAAUUUUUACAUGCAAAGCCAAUGACCGAGGGUUUCGCAGGCCAAAGUCAGGACGUUUUACUACGCUUGCGGCAUAUGCGACCGAACUACGCGAGAAGUCUGUGUCUUCGUUUUGGGAACGAAAUUGUGAAGGGCUUGACAUUUUUCUCAUGUGUUUUUCUAUGUGCAGAAAUGCCAUAAUCUCGUUUAACAUCAUCAUGGGCUCGCUUUCAAACCAGGAUGUCGGUGAAAGUUUAACGAAAGGCCUACUGUGACGUUAAGAGUUAGUUUUUGCCACUCUACCCUAACCAAGUUGCACCAUUAGCCUUUGUCGCAUUUUAGAUAUUUGUCCUGUCGAAUUAUUCGAAACUUCAAAUACUAGCUAUUCGAAAGUCUUAUCAAAUGAUUUGAUUAGGUACUAUUUGAUUCGAAUUCGAAACUCGAACAUUCGCACACUCCUAAAUAGAAUAUGAAUCGAAUGGCGAUAACACCAAAUCAAAUACGAAUUGAAUACUAUUAGCAUAGUUUUCGAAUGCUAAGGCAACCAUUUUCAAAGCAGCUCUAGAAUGGUAAUGUCACUGUUUUCGAAACAGCCCAAAAAUUCUACAACAUUUUAUUUGAAACAAAUAUUCACAAAGUGUAUCAAAAGAACAGUACGAUUAUUUUUAACCGACAAAGAUACCACAAUUAUCUAAGCUGACACAAGCUCAUAUACAGCAAUUACUAAAGCCUUAGAAAUAUUUUGCAACUGCAGUUUGAAAUACAGAAGUGACUACAGUAUUCAACAUGGCACUUAAUCAAUAGAUUUUAAAUAAAACUUGUAUAUAAAUCUUAAACAAUAUUCAUGAGUCAACAUCAUCGUCAAUGUCAUGAUGAAGACAGUGGAUUUAUUACUCUGUCGCUUCGGCGACAUUGGAGUUUUAAGCAAAAAUGCCUUCUUCUUGUGAUCACUCUAGAGUCGAUAGUCCCGUAAAACCUUGGGCUGCAUACAUCUUGGUAAUUCUACGAUUAAAGUAAGAAAUGUUGUACCUCUCUGUUCCAACGUUUCCUUUCUUUGAGGUUUUUUUCAUUGGUGCUUGUUAUUUGAAAAGUAUUCAGUUUUUCUAAUAUACCUUAUUCAAUUUGAGCACCAAAUCGAAUGGAACGCUAUUAGAAUCGUUAUUCAAAAUUUUUGAAUAUUCACACGCCCCUAGCAUUUAAGUAAUGCAAAAAAAGCUUUAGGUAAUCGAAAUCAAAACGUUAACAAUUCUCUCUCUGAACAGAGCCACAGGAGCAAGCUCUGAAAGAUAUUUUUCAAGAAAGGGACAAUCUGAAAUAUAUUCUUGCAACACCUGUCUUCUAUUUAUAUAGCCACCUCUAAGAAAUGGUGACAAAUAGUUUCCAUGUUAUUCGGCCACCAGUUGGAAAAUUAAGAUUGAUGUUUCAAACUAUUUUUAUUCUGAAUGAAUAAAUACGUCACUGGCACCUCCUUGAAACCCAAACAAGCUAAGCCUAGUCUUACCAGUAGCUGUGAAUCGUGCCUUAUGCCACUGAACAAACUAGCUGAUACAUUCGCUUCUUAAUGCUUAACAUACCUAAACAAUGUUGAGAGUGUGUCCCACAGAUGGUGCUGCACCUCCACACAUCUUCCUCUACUAACGGAACAACUUUUUCCGUCCCUUGAGGUUCCGUUUAACGAGAUUCUGCUGUAAUACUAGGUAACCUGGAGUAGCCUUGUGACAGCUAGUUGCAGUUGUAAUAUAUGAAGUAGGUAUUCCACAUAAGUGUUUGCAGGUAAGAAAUUACAGCACUCUGAACCAUACGGAGUGAGACUUCUAUGACUUCACUACACUUGCAUGGGGGCUUUCACAAUGCUCUGUGUGAAACAGUAGGCGAUAAAGUUGCUUGCGGCAGCAACAGAUGUGCAGCUUGUGGCUCCCAGAGGCUUUUGCUUGCGUUGCCACCACAGGCACCUUUCACCUCAUUUGACAUUCACCAUCGAAUGCAUGCAUCCAAGACUCCAGUGUUGCCUUCACGAUGCCACACCCAUGCUUACAGUUGUGCCACAUGCUGUCCAUUCACUUGUUUCAUUCGUCUAGAAGUUAGUUUCAUCGUUACUCUAGGUUCCUAGUGGAUGGCCGAAUGCUGCAAGUGUGCCUUAAGAUGCCGCCAACUACGGAUUGAACAAAAGCGCGAGUGAUUCUUUUAUAGUAGAUGUUUAUCAUGCAUUCUGCAGUUUCUUCUCUCAUUUUCCACUUUGCUCAGGCAAGGGAAUCAAUUGCUAAAUUUAAAUUAGCUGAAACAGCAGAACUGUAUUUCGUUGCUUGAAUACGCAAGUGUGCAAGUUCCGAGUCACACAGUGUGAAAGCGUGUUUAGCCAGAGUAUGUGUGCCAGCGUGUUGUAGCAUUCUUAACUGUGUCGUUAUUUGGGCAAAAACAUGCGUCUUCCUUCUCCUGGUCUUAGCAUCGCCACAUUAAACCUCAUUCUUUAUUCCAUCACCCGCUGCUAUUCUUGUUGCUUAUCAAAUUACAGUACACUGAAACCUCGAUAUAACGAACACGGAUAUAACGAAAUAUCGGUUAUAACGAAGUAAAUGAAGAUAAUCUUGCAAUACUUACAGUGUUAGGAAUAUACGGUUAUAACGAAUUUUCGGAUAUAACGAAGUUAUUUUCGUCUAAGAUGCAGCUUCGUUAUAGUGAGGUUUGAGUGUACAUGUUGGAUGGGUGUAGCAUUGACUUUGUGUUGUUUGCACUACCUAAUGUUUUCACCUGAUCAUACACACCUGGGUUAAUAUCAUUCUAUAUGAACGAGCUUUAUGUAAACAUUCAUUACUGAAGGUGUCCAUUCAGCAGUAGAUCAUGCAGGCGUUUCAAGGAGAGCUUGCUGCAGUCUCUACUAUUUUCCGAGGUGUAUAUAUAGACUUCAUAGCUGAAAACUUGCUGCUAAGUUCUUGACCAAGACUAGAAAAAGUUGCAUGGCUCCUGCUAAAAUAUUUCUCACUGUCAAUCAUGUUAGCACAGCUACUGUUGAGCAUAUGUGGCAAUCUGGCAGCCAUGGCAUUUUGUCGGCAAGCAAGAAAGGUUGCUGGAUUGAUUCCCAGCUUCAUUUGCUUAUUUAGCAGGCCCCACGAAGGGGUAUUACAUAAGGGACUUUAUGCUGGUGGAGUCACUAGCCAGCAGCGGACACACAGAGAAAGAGUUCACUGCACGUUACAUUGCCUAGUGUAAAAAGUGAUCAUGAACUUUCUGCUUUCAAAACCUAUGUGGCAUACGCUUAAAAUGCUAAGAGCUAAUUUCACAUUUCACAAACGUUUUGUCUAUCAGUCUUGUAAUAUUUAUUUUUUUUUAACCCGUGGCGCAUUAAAGUACCACAAAUUUAUGGGAUUGUUCAGCACGUGGCAACUUUUAAUAUGCCUGUGUUUGACUUGUUUAACUUGGUGCAGUUAAGCUAAGAAGGAAGUGCUGUAGUGUUUUCAACUUGAGUUUGGUUGCUAGCGCCUCACUGUGGCACACAUGGAGAUGUUUGGAUGUUUUCGUUUAUUUUUAUUUUGCAUGUUCACGUUGUAUUUGAAGAGCCUGCUGUGAUAGAGCUCUUAUCAUGGUGGGGGUUUUUAUUGACGGGAGAGUAUCGCGUGAGUUGGUAGUCCCUGUAUGAGAGGAAUUGUCGUUUGCACAAUCCAAGGCACAUUCCAUUUUUUAGCUUUUUUUGGCAUGAGAACCGUAAGUUUUUGUUUCUGUGACUUGCUAACAAAACGAAGCUUUCUCUUUCUCAUGGUGUUCCAUACUUGUAGUGCAGCUAACAUUUCCGUUCAUAAUCAAAAGACCUUACAGCUUCGGUUGCAUUGCAGCAAGUAAUGGUGAGUCUGUGAGCCAAGACUACGACUGCUGACAUCUUUCCAGUAGUUGACAGCACUUUAAUAUGGGUUGACGUUAACCAAGAUCAUUCAUUGCUGUGAUAAGCCCACAUUAGAUGUGAACAAUUGAGCAGAAUGUAGCGGUGUUUAUGUGAAUGGUGCAGACUUGCAAAGCUCGCAUCUUCUGGAGUGAUGCUCCAUGCUGUUGUAAUGCACUUACUGUUUACAAAUUAUGGUGCACAGUACUGUGUACUGAGCAUUGCAUGAACCAGAGUGCCAGGUAUGUAUGACUCAUCUGGCUAAGCUAUUGCUUUGUCCAAAUGCUUAUUUCAUAAAUAGGUGUGUUUGACGUUGCAUGCAAUUAAACUCCUCUGCAAUGGACAAACUGGAUUUGUCCAUGUGUUCCUAGAAAAAAAAACGACAAGUACUCAAGCUUGGCUCUUCACUGUUAUUUUAUCUUAUUUUCUUGUGUUGUGAUGAUAAGCUUCGCUUUUCCGAUAAGUUGUUGAGAUGUUUACAUAAAGAAGCCAUGAAAUGUUGUCUAUGUUACUGUCAUAGAAAAUCUGUCCACUGAAGAGGUAAAUAUUAAGUUUGGGUGAAAUACUGCCCUGUCUUGCUCAUAAGAAAGUUUUUAAAAAAUGCAUGUGUUGUGAUGAUAGCCAAAUGUCAAUUUUUCUUCUCAGAAACUAUGGCUCCUUCUGUCAUUUUUGAAACAAAAAGUGUUGCAUAUCAAGUUGCAUACUGCUACCAAGUUGCGCGUUACAUUUUGCAGGCUGCGCAUACCAUGUUGCAUGCUGCUUUGAUUCCUUUGGAGCAGGACGGGCAAUUAUUGCAUUUGAACACUGCAGUAACCUGAACACUCCCCAAAAUACCACCUAUGCAAACGUGGUAGUAAUAUAACCAAAACGCUCAGCAUAUGUAGCUGGCACUCUUAUUCGCAUGUUUACAUUUACAUAAGGGAGCCAACUAUAACUGCUUUGUCUUUUGCAGUAGGAGAGAUCUUUUGCAAUGCACUGGCACAGGGAAGUGGUUUGAAUGGCAUCUCAUCUCAACAGCCAGCACUGCACCAUUGCACUGCAUCUUUGGCCAGUAUAACAUAACUCUAUCUUGUUCUGUUUUUAUUCUAAAUUCACCAUUGACCCUCCCUGAUCGGUCAAGUUAGUCAAAAGUCUUCAGCCGAGCAUUUUGCUUGUUGACCAUGCGGUGACUGGAAAGUGCAAAAAGUGCGUGACAUCAAGAUAAGUCGGCAGUGAUUAUGCUAGAUCAAGUCAAACAAACUCGAAAAUUUAUGGAAUAGCUGGAGAAUGCCUCCUUUCUGAAGCAGUAUAGAAAAUAGCGAUGAAUUUCUUUUGGAAAGAAAGGAAACUGCUAGAACACCAAUAUGAGACUACACCAAAUGUGCUCAUACACAAAUCAAUUCGCUCUCUCCUAUGAGUGUUCAAAGUCAAAACAACUGGUGGGCAACCAUUAUCUAUUCUAUUCGAAACAACUCCCUUGCCUUCCGAAAAGUUUUCAGUUUUGUUUGGCGUAGUAACGUAAUGGGGCACUUUCGCGGGUUUCGUUGCAUUCCAUGACAAACAAACGCGAUGGACAAGACCUGGAAGAUUUCGACCAAUCACAUACUGCCCGGUUGCGGACUAAAAACAGAAUGGGAUAGUUUUACAUUAUCGCAUCCCUGAAUUCUCAUAGUCUUUCUGCAGACCUCAUAGCAUUGCAGAAACCCUUUAACAGUGUAAUAAUGUUUCUUAUAUGUUUCAUGCAAUGAUUGUGGCAGAUUUCUUAGGCAGCUGAGCCAACUAAUAUUGUGUCGUCAUAUUUAUUCUCUCAUUCCUAUUUUUCCUCUGUUACUGUCUUCAUUUUUUUGUAUCAGCUUACAUGUUUCUCAUCACACUUUAUAUUUUAGCGUGCAUUCUCUACUGAUGGUGUAGGGCAGUGUGUCUAUCCAUUCUUGCUGUGCAUGUUUCAGCUGACUCACUUCCAUGAAAGUCUGAUGAAGGAAUUAAGGUCAGACUUGCAAAUUGAAAAUAAAAUAGUUUUUACAAGAACCCAAGUAACUCAAUCCUUACUUAUCAAUUGUGUUAACCCCUUAACUGAUUAUGACGAGCUGUGCUUCGUCAUGGCUCUUCAGCAAUGUUUCUAGAGCCUUUUGGCUAGCCCAGCUCGUGAAAUGAUGUUUUCCUAUUUAAAACAUAGAUGGCAGCACAGGUUCCGUGAUUGGCACUUUUAUUACGGUGAAAUGCGUGCCUUGCGUCUCCCGCGCGUUAUAAAACGAAUAUGGCACAGUGCCGUGCUUUGAACGCUACCACAAACGUGGUAGCCUCAUCUAGUUCGUAUUGAACCAUCGAGGAAUAAGUACAUUUUCUCCACGGGAAGUCAAAUGGAACCCCUACUUUCUGGAGUUGCAGAAAUCUUUCGGAAUACCCAUCAAAUGCCCCCGGUGUGGGGUAUUACCAGGCCGGCAGCCGGAGGGGGGGAAGGGGAGGUGGUACAUCCCCCCCCCUCUCGAAAUUCUGAUGGAGGGGGUUGUUUUACCAAAAAUAAAUAAUGAAAAUACAUGCUAGUAGGGCGGCAACAGGGGCUAGUCGGUACGUAUUCAUACUUGUAGUGCGCUUCCGGAAGACACGGACCAAGAAACAAGGAAAACAACACAAGAUGAUGCGCAACAUCUUGUUUUGUUUUCCUUGUUUCUUGGUCCGUGUCUUCCGGAAGCGCACUACAAGUAUGAAAAUACAUGUUUUUCAAGGUCUUCAGCAAGUGCCCCCCCC